UUAUGUCAUUACACGUCAACAGUUUCUGCUAGCCACGUUAUUGGGAUGAUGCCGACUUGUAAAUACGCUCAUUCAAAUUCAUCCUCGGUUUGUUGGAUAUUGAUAGGACUUUGGUUUUCUUAUCACGAGAGAGACGUGUGAUUAUGUCAAUGUUCUCGAGUUUCUGUUGCAAGUAAAAUGUCUCAGGCUAAGGUGAUUCCACAUAACCUCAUUCAGUGGGACCAAGGUGACAAUUCCCUGGCUCCGUUAACCGAGUGUCAAAAGGAUUGCUUGACAAAUCUGGAAAGCGUCGUUACUUCAAUAUUUCCGUUGUCGAAUCUGCAGUCCAGUAUAAUCGAAAGCGAUGACAAGUUGCAAGAACAGAAUUCUCAGCAGAACAUCCCUCCAAUAGAAAGGUAUCAGGAGUUGCUUGAACAUUUCCUGCUUCUGGAAAGGAAAUUUGUAUCUAUGUACGACAUCAAGUACAGUCUGUAUCUUGACGAGCUGAAAUCGAGGAGAUCCGAAUGCCAGGAUGUUUGCUCUCAGAUAGAGGAAACGUUGGACGAUUUUUCUGCUCUUUAUAAGCAAUACACCGAGGUUUCCAGCAAGACCACAUCGUUAUACGAGGCCAGCGAACAGCUCAUCCGUGAUCAAAAGCAGCUAAAUUCGACAAUCGAUGGCAUUACGGAGUAUGUGAAAUAUUUCAAGGAGAUCGACGUGAUUACAGAAAAGCUGGAUGCGCCUACCUUGUCGGUGAACAGCGAUAUGUUCUUUACUAUAUUAGAUAAGAUUGACACAAACAUAGAUUUUAUGCAGAACAACUCAUCGUACAACGAAAGUGGAAUUUACUUAGUGAGAUAUAAGCAUUGUCAGUCAAAGGCGAUUGCGUUAAUACAGAAUUACAUUUCCAACUUGUUCUCUAGAACCACCGAAAGCAUUUUGAAUUUGAAAGACAACGAAAGUUCAUCGGAGAAUGCGGAUACAGCUCUCGCUCUAUUCUACGGGAGAUUUCAGACAAUCUUGUCAAAAACAAAGCCAGUUAUCAGACAGAUCGAGAGUAAAUCGUACAAAAGACAGGAAUAUGAUAGCUUGUUGGUCGAGUGCCAUCAGUAUUAUUGGAGUCAGCGAGGCUUGGUGCUAGGUACGAGCAUACAGAAGUCUCUCAACUCCAUAAGGGAAAAAUAUAAUGGCGAUCAUUGCAGUUUAGUGCGACAUUCUUGUGCAUUACUCUUACAUGCAUCAAUAGAUGAACAUAAAUUGUUUUAUGAAUUCUUUUCAAAACAAUCAAGUGGAUUGACCACAUACCUGGAGAGCUUAUGCACUUGUCUGUAUGAUGCAUUGAGACCUUUCAUAAUACAUAUCAAUCAUCUCGAGACGUUAGCAGAAAUUUGCUGCAUUCUAAGGAUAGAGAUGCUAGACGAACAUGUGCAGAACAACUUUGAACCACUGGAAGGCUUCGGAAACAUAUGUUUGCAAUUGUUGCACGAUGUGCAAGAAAGAUUAGUAUUUCGUGCGCAUUUAUAUCUGCAAUCGGACGUACUCAAUUACAAUCCUUCGUCAGGCGACUUGGCGUACCCGGAAAAACUCAAGAUGAUGGAAGACAUAGCGGAAUCGAUCAGGGAAGCGACUCGUCAAACUCGCAUGAAGAAGAUCUCGGUGUCGUCCACUGAUAGUUCUGCUCUAGAACCAGUUUCUCGAAAUCAUAUAGUUAUCGAUUCCAUUUAUCAGAAGACACACAUGGGGAGUUCUCCGGCGGAUCUGCAUGCUAUGUGGUAUCCUACAGUUCGCAGAACUUUAGUGUGCUUGUCAAGGCUUUACCGUUGCGUCGACAGAUCUGUCUUCCAGUCAUUGAGCCAGGAGGCCAUUUCCCUCUGUGUUCAGAGCAUCGAGAACGCUAGACAGGAAAUUGAGAAGAGAGCAAGCACAUUGGACGCUGAGUUAUUUCAGAUAAAGCACUUGCUCAUUCUUAGAGAACAAAUUGCUCCGUUUCAAGUGGAUUUUACUAUCAAAGAAUAUAGUUUGGACUUCUCCAAAGUGAAGACUGCUGCAUUUGGCCUGCUCGAAAAGAGCUCUAGGUUCUUCACUUUGUCGAACAACGCGUUAUUGCAGUUUCUUCUGGAAGGUGCGCCACAGAUGAAAGAGCAACUUAUCGAUUCGAGGAAACACGUAGAUGCAAAGUUGCGACUUACGUGUCAGCGAUUAAUACAACAUGCAACUUAUUUACUGAUUUUUCCUAUUAUCAAGUUAUUGGAGAAAGAAAAGUUGCUUGAUAUAAGCUCGAAUCAAGAAAAUGCACUAGGGAGUGCGCAAGAAGUAGCAACUAUUGUGGCCGAUGUAUUGAGGGUAAUCAAGUUCAAGUGCCCUGAGAUACAGCAAUCAAUGCAACUAUAUUUAGCUAACAAAGAAACCGAGUUUAUUCUGUUUAAACCAGUGAAGAAUAACAUUUGCGCCGCGUUCACGCAAUUGCAUCAAAUAUUGAAUAAAUAUUAUAAUGCGGAGAAUCUUCUAUUGAUCGCGUGUCCUUUGCCAGAACAGAUUUCUGUUAUGUUGAGUUCAACAACAUUAAUUCAAGGAAAAUCGAAUCGAGAAUCGCAGUCAAUUCUGAAACAGUCGCAAUCAUUUACUGAACAAGAAGAUUCAAUAACGUAAUUUCUGUAACGAUUGAAAUAAGGAGAAAAAAAGAGAAAGAAUUUUCAAACGUAAUUUAUCAUAUGUAAUUAUUUUUACAUGGUAUAUAAAAUUUUAUAAUGUUAUCAGUAAAGUAUAAACUAAAAUGUAUGUGUGCAUGUGAGAUAAUUUAAUUUUUAUUAUAUAAGUAUUUAAUUUUUAUUAUGUAAAUUAUAUUAAUGUUAAGUAAAAUGUGUGAAAUGAAGUGAAAUUAAAUCUUGCUAUUAUAAAAAAUGCUACAGCUGGGUAAAAUCGUUACAUUUAAUAUAUUUUUAAAAAAGAACAAAAGAAAUGCAAUUUACUUAUUUCGGCUGUAAUACAUCAGACACUACAAAUGCUUCUAAACAUUCGAUUAAUUUAUCAGAACAGAGAAUUUUAUAAUUAACCAAUCGAAAGAUCCUUUAAAACAUUUAUGGCAUUAUCUUGAUUAUACCCUUUAUCAUAAACGCUCGCGCGUGCGCUAUUUUGAAUUUUUUAAUUAUUACAUUUCUUGAAAUCAAAUAAAAAAUUAUACACAAAUCAUAUUUACAAAAUUUUCUGAACUUAUAACAUUAUAUACAUUGUAUUAUAAAUAAAAAGUAAAUAUUAGAGUAUUUAUAAAGCUAUAUUCUGCUGUAAAAUUGCACUGCAGUAAUAUAUGUAACAUAUAAUAGAAAUGUAUAACAAUUUGUUUAAAACAAGGAACUUUUCUGUUAGCUGAAUGUAUUGUAUUUCUUGUUUACCACAUAUGGUUAAUUUUGAUAUUACUAUUGUUAUUAUGAAGAGUGUGAAGCACGAAUAUAUAAUAAAUAUAUAAUAAUCUAAAUUA